AUGUUAAAUGGUGAUGAUGAUGAGCCGAUCCCAGUCUGUGUGGGAACAAGAACCCAUCAGGCCACAUUUAUCUCAAGCCGUUCGACAUUCAGUAAGACUCAGGACCGCGCUGAAGAAAUACUCGGAGAAUCACAACUUACGCCAACUCUCGAAGUCGAUGGUACAGAUAAGCUGGAGCCCGAGCCUCGCCCUCUUGGGUGGCGGGCAUGCUAA